AUGCUGCCUCAAAAUCUGUCUCUGUCCUUUGACAAUCUCACAACGAUAGUCGCUGUGGCUGCCGCAAUCUCUACUAUUAUAUUUUACAAUGUGUUUAUCGAUCCCUUGUCUCGAGUACCGGGUCCUUGGUAUACGAAAUGGACAUCGGGUGUCCUAAAGUAUAACAUUAUCAAAGGGAGGAGAGCUUUAUAUGUUCACGACCUCCACUGCAAAUAUGGUAAGUUUUCAUCCAAGGCAAUAUACGACUUUGGCCAUGCGUAUACAUUGCUCACUCGUGCAGGUUCGAUCGUCAGAGUCAGCCCGACUGAAGUCCAUAUUUCCGAUAUUGCAGCUACAAAAAAGAUCCAUAAUAUCAAGAGUUCUUUCAUAAAGUCGCCUUGGUAUAGGUCGUUCACACCUCCAACUGUCUUGAAUGUAUUCAACACUAGCGAUGUUGAACUUCAUCGACAUCUCCGACGCCUUCUUUCAUCGCCUAUGUCUGAAUCAUCGCUUAAACAUGUCGAAGUUUUCAUUCGUCGGAAUGUAGACCUCGCAGUGAAAGGUAUUACCGAGGAAAUGUCACAACGAGGUGCAGCGGAUGUUUUUAAGUGGUGGAUGUUCAUGGCGACGGAUGUGAUUGGAGAACUCAGCUUUGGCGAAUCCUUCAAAAUGCUGGAGUUUGGUAAGAAAAACCAAUAUAUUCUGGAUCUCGAAGCAAAUGGGCGUGCCGGAGGUAUUCGAGGCACCUUCCCAUUCAUGGUAAAGGUAUCCCAAGUGAUCCCAAUACCUAUUUUCGAGGCGGCAGCUGCUUCUGCAAAGCGGCUACGACAAUACGGGGAAGAAUCGAUUCAGCGAUCGAAAAAAGUGGCUGCAGAGAUGGAAUCUUAUCCAAUGCUUCUUAAGAAACUUUUUCGCCGCGAUGAAAACGGGCUGUCUGAUAAGGACAUUUUAGACAACGCAAUGGCGUUCAUCAUUGCCGGCAGCGAUACGACAGCCAACACUAUGACGUACCUGACGUGGGCUGUUUGUAAAUAUCCUCAAGUGAGAGAUGCAUUAGUGGCAGAGCUCAGUUCUCUUCCGCAAGACUUCACUGAACAAGAUCUCCGUGGCUUGACGUGCCUGAACAAUGUUAUCAAAGAAACUCUGCGAUUAUACUGCGCCGCACCGUCCGCAUUGCCCCGCAUAGUGCCAGCAGAGGGCGUUGAGUUUCUUGGCCAUAGAUUGCCAGGAGGAACGACUGUAUCCACCCAGGCCUACACUUUGCAUCGCAAACCGGAAAUUUUCCCAAAUCCAGAAUCCUUCGAGCCUGAUAGAUGGACGAAUCCCUCAAAGGAAAUGAAAGAUGCUUUUAUGGCUUUCGGUGGUGGAUCUCGAGUCUGCUUAGGACAGCACCUUGCUGAAAUAGAACUUCGCCUGGCCACUGCAAUUUUCUUCCGUGCAUCUCCUUAUGCUAAAGUGUCCACACUUGAUGGUAUGAAUGAUGGAGAUAUGGACCCUAAUAUAUUCUUCCUAUUGUCACCAAAAGGUAAAAGGUGUUUAAUCUCCAGGGAAUGAAUUUGAAAUCUAUCUUAUAAAUCAGUAAUCUUAGCGGUUACUCAACUGUUAUGACUCAGGUCACAUGGCGACUAAAUGGACCUUGGGCUCGGAGGCAAAUCGCCCGGAUCCACAGGUACCUUCAAUAGAGCCCUUGGCCAGCAACCAUGUGACGUCCCACCAGUUCCCAUCGCUCCCAGCGCUGGGAAUUGAUAGGAAUAAUGGGAUAGCAAACCAUAAAGAACUAUGCAUAUUGCGUGUGCAUUGCACGCAGGACCUGGAACAAGAUAGCGAAGGCAGCUAAGCACGCUCGGGGGCGAGAGGGCACACUUCGCGUAUUCCCUCUACCCACCUCGCGAGCGCAUAGCUUUUGAUUAUAUUUUCGGUUAUAUGAAUUUUGGUUAUAUAGCUUAUGAGAAUUGUUCCAAUUGCUAUUUGUUAUCAUGCUUAAGCUUGGGUUGUUUCAUGUUGUGGAUGUAAUUUGAAAACAUUAUUAUUUACAGUACUUCAUACUGAUAUAGAAGUUUCAAGUGUGUUAUUAUUUUUGUCAAAACAAUCAUAUCUUUCUUGAAUGAAAAGC